AUGCAUGACCUCAUUCAUGAUUUAGCACAAUCCAUUACAAAGGACAUAUAUUUUAGAAUAGAAACUGGUGAUCAUUUGGAGAAUAUUCCCAAUAAUGCUCAUCAUAUGGGCUUAUCUCUUCGGAUGGAAGAUGAUCAACUAGCUCACUGUUGCAAUGCCUUGUACAAAGGGAAGAGUUUACGCACAGUUGUAGAUUUGUACUUCUACAAACUCAGACUCACAUAUCCUCGGCCAUUCCUUGACAAUUUAUUCAAUGCAUGCACAUGUUUACGUGUUUUGUGCUUGCAUGGUAUUGUCCUUAGCAAAUCUGGUUUGCCAGAUUCCAUUGGGAACUUAAAACUUUUACAAUACCUAGACCUUUCCUUCACUGAAAUUCCAGCUCCACCCACAUCGAUUUGUAGCCUCUAUAAUUUACAAAUAUUGUUAUUUUUGGGAAAUUACGAAUUUGUAAAUGAUAUGGAGUUAGGUGAAGUUGUAGGAAGCCUUGUCAAUAUUCAACUUGUCAAGAUGAAGACCUAUGUAUAUAAUUCCAGAUUUCCACAGGGAUAUCUCAAAUUGUAUGGUAAGUGCAUCAAGUUAAAACAGGUUUUCCUAUUAGAGUUAGAGCUUUUGAACAUGGCAGAUAUCAAGGAAGUUAAUUUCAAGAAGAAUGAAGAUAUCGAGGAGUUAACAUUUGAAUGGAAUGGCAGGACAGAAAGAGCUAUGACGGAGGAAGUAAUAAAGACAGCAAUCUUUCCUCAAGAUUCUGAAAAUAGCAUACAGUGUGUGGGUCGUGAGUUGUUUGUGUCACGGGAUGGCAUUGUUGUGAAGCCAUUAUUUCAAUCACUCAAGUAUCUUGAGGUUUCGAGGAUGCCUAAUUGGGAAGACUGUGAUGUAGAGCAGGUGGAAGCAUUGACAUUGUACCCACCUCCUUCAUUUGAAGAGUUGAACAUGUUGGGCAUACAUGAUUGUCAAGAAUUGGGUGAUAUCGAAGAAGGCAAAUGUCUUGGUGAGAAAAAUGAAGAAUGUUUUAUUCUUGUUAGGGGUUCUAUGAUACACGGAUGGAGAGUAUUAUGGCAAAUAUGUGCUUCAGAAUUGAAAUUGCCCACCAGCCUUCAAGAACUUCGGUUUGAGAAUUGUGAGCACCUUCAAUCCUUACCCAAAAAUUUGCAGAGCCUAACAUCUCUUGAACAGUUAUGCAUUUUGGAAUGUCCUUGCGUAAUGUUCUUUCCUGAGGGAGGUUUGCCCACCACUUUGAAGAGACUUAUGAUCUGCGGAGGCGGUGAGGAAGACAUGGAAGUCCCACCCAAAGGUGUUGGACUACACAAACUUACAUCUCUUCGAUCAUUGACUAUCCAGGAUUAUUGUGGUCUCUGGUCCUUUCCAGAUGAGGAGUGGCUUCUGCCUACCUCUCUUGAAUUACUAUAUAUCGGAAAUGCUCCUAUGCUCAUGUCCUUACCCAAAUAUUUGCAGAGUUUCACAUCUCUAUAA